GGGGAAGGUCACUCGCACCCUUUCGAACCCUAAAAAAUCUCAAUUUAAAUUGAUUCAUUUCUCUCUCACAGUUCAUCCCAAAAUCCCUCAUCUUUCGGAACCCUAGAUUCCCUCUCAAUUGUCACAAAAAAAUGGUUGCUGCUACUAAGAAGAAGCUUUCAUCAGCAGCAGCAGACAAGACUAAAAAACCUUCAAGUGUCUCUGCGAAAGAUAAGGUUAGCAAUGGUGAUGAGUUGGUUGGUUUAAAGGUUAAGAUUUGGUGGCCGAUAGAUCGGAAAUUCUACAAUGGAGUGGUUGAUUCGUUUAACUCUCGCACUAAGAAGCAUCGGGUUUUUUAUGAUGAUGGUGAGAAAGAGAUCUUGGAUAUGAAGAAGGAGAGGUGGGAGUUAGUUGAUGAAGAUGAGGAUGAUGAUGAUGAUAAUGCUGAUGAGAUCUCACUAGAGAAGGAGACUCGCAAGGAGAAGGUUGAUGCUGCUCCAGAACCGACUAACAGGAAGUCUGCUAGGACAAAUGGUGUCAUGGGUGAUAUUGGUGGGAAGAUUGUGGCAGCGGCGUCUCGUCUGAGGUCAUGCAAGAAGAUUCCUGAAGCAAUAACCAACGGGAAGAAGAAAAGGGCUUCUUCAUCUUCAUCAGAGGCUGUCUCUGAGAAUGUGAAAAAACCAGUGCCUGCCUCUAAGAAGAGCAAGAGGAGCAGGACUGAUGAUGAACAUGCAUCUGAUGAUGAAUCCAAGCCUCUGCAGAUUUUGGUGGAUAAGUUGAAGGGCAAGAAGAAGAAGAAGCAGGAGAAGGAAGCUCCCAAGGAAGAAGUGGAAGAGGGUGAACCAAAGGAAGAAGUGGAAGAGGGUGAACCUAAGGAAGAAGCGGGAGAGGGUGA